AUGGCUAAUUUGACAACUUAUACAUAUGAAGAUAUUCCUAUUGAUAAUAAUACAAUUAAAUACUUUUUAAGUGCAAAUAGCAAUAAACUUAGCUACGCUGAAUUCAUUAAAGUUUUAAGCUUAGGAAAAGAAAAUUUUUUAGACACAUUCGAAAAAGCUUUAAAUGAAGCAACAAAUAAACUAUCCGCAUAUUUUUGGGAAUGUCCCCCUGUACAUAAAGCAAUGAAAAAUAAACCAUUCGAAUUUGUAGUAACUAAAUCUACGGCAUUAAAUUAUAAUAAACAAGAUUACUCAAGCUUUAAAGAAAAAAUUACUAAUAAUUUUACUAAGAAUGCACCAAAAGAACAACAAAUUAAAUUUUGGCAAGAAGUAGCUAUUAAACUGGCUGAAUGUUUGGAAAUCG